AUUCAUUCGUGAAAAAACUAAAAACCCUAUUUUGCCUAUCCUUUGCUGAUAUUUUCUCCGAGUGAGACCAAAAAAAGAGUGUUAACUCACGGUCACGAUCCUUCGGAUCUCGAUUGCCUUUACACCACCCCCUUCUUCCCAAAUCCUUCUCUCUCUAACAUCUUUUUCUCUCUCCCCUCGCCGUCGCCGCCGCUGCCGCUGCUGUCGUCAUAAGUUACAAACCGCAUCGCCGUCGUCUUAUCGGCGUUCAGUUCUUCUGGCGUAUCUUAUUCAUCUGUUUCCGCAGUUCUAAAGAUGAAAGGUUCGUCUGGAUUCCCUGUUCUGGAUAACCGGCCAAUUGAUCAGUGGAAAGUUACAGAACUCAAGGAAGAACUCAAGAGACGAAAGCUGACCACGAGGGGGUUGAAGGAAGAACUAGUCAGACGGUUGGAUGAAUCUCUGCGCGAUGAAAUGGAAGCUCAGAAAGAAGAGGAUGAAGAGGAUGACAAUGGUGUUGAAGACAUAGAGCCUAAUAACAUUCCCGAGGCUGCCCUAACUGAGCAAACUGGAGCUGAAACCGGUGAAUUAGAUGUAGGCAACCCUGUAAUUGCUGAGGAUAAUGUGGGUGAAUUAGGUUUAGGCAGUCCUGUAGCUGCUGAAAAAAAUGUAGGUGAAUUAGGUUUAGGAAAUCCUUUAAUUUCCGAGGAAAAUGUGGGUGAAUUAGGUUUAGGCAAUCCUGUAAUUGCUGAGGAUGAUGUGGAAAAAUCAGGCAACAGUGGAAUCACAAAGUUGGAUGACAUAUCACUACAGGUGGAUAACAAGGUGGGUGAAUUAGAUUCAGGCAAUCCUAUUAUUGCUGAGGAUAAUGUGGGAGAAUCUGGCAACAGUGGAAUCACUAAGUUGGAUGACAUAUCACUACAGGUGGAUAACAAUAUUAGUAUUGAGAGACCAGUUGAGGGGAUAAUCCAUGAAGAACAGGAGUCAGAGGUAGUCACUCUUCAACCUCCAGUUGUGGGCACAUUAGCUGCAGAUGAUGUGCCUUCUGUUGGUUUAGGAAAUGAAUUUAGUGAGAGUUUGUCAUCUGAAAUAGCAGUGGAUGCGAAGGGGUUGCAGGAUGGUAUAGUGGAGAGGAUUGAUGAGGGUUCAAGAGCGCAGGAGCAAUCAGAGGAUUUAAAGCCACUACAUGAUGAUGGGAAGCUGGACUCUUCUGAUUCAAACAUCCAGGUAUCUGAGGUCAGCUCUAGUUUAGGGUUUCCCGUAAAAUCUAAUUCUAUUUCUACUGAUUCUGUGUCUUUUAAUGAAAAGAAUGACCUAAAGGAUAACAUAAUUGCUGAUAAUGUUAAAUUAGAAUCUGAUGUUAAGCCUGCGAUGGUGCAACCAUCGUCAAGUGAUUUAGUCCUCGACGGUGGCAAAUCACAUCCAAGUGAUGUUGAGGAGCCACACGAAAACAAGGUUUCUGUUCAAGAGACAAAUAACAAUGUUACAAAUGCGGAUGUGGGCCAGAAAAAUUAUAGUGCAGAUUUGGGUUCUUCUGAAAAGUUGAACUUAGAUCGAAGUUCAGGCGAUGACUCCAUGGAGGAAGAUGCCUUGGAAAGUAAGCAUAUUGAUUCAAAUUAUAAUUCUGAAGAAAUUGUAGAAAAGACUGAUAAAAGUGAGGUCACUACAAUUAAGGAAGAAAGGCCUGUUGCAACCAUGGAUAUUGAUAUGCCUGCUAAAGAGAAAGGUACCCAUCAUGAAAAUAAUGUUGUUGCUGCAGUUUCAACUGACAAGAGGAAGCUUUCAGAUCAAGCAGAAGUUUUGAAUAAUGAGCCCACAAAGAGGCAGCGUAGAUGGAAAACUGAAAGUAAUAAUGUUAAGGAGCCUCAUAUCUCAAAUAUUCCUCCCCAAUCUGCAAUUAAGGAUGUGCCGCAACCUGCUGUUUUGAAACGCAACCUCUCUGGAUCCAAAUCCAUUCGUGGUGCUGCUGACACCCCUAAAGAGCGUGAAGUUCCACCCUCUUCAAAACCUGCAACUAAUUCCCUCAGGAUUGAUCGUUUUCUGCGCCCUUUUACCCUGAAAGCUGUCCAAGAACUUUUGGCCAAAACAGGGACUGUCACCAGUUUCUGGAUGGAUCACAUUAAAACACAUUGCUACGUCACCUACUCAGCUGUGGAGGAAGCAACGGAAACAAGGAACGCUGUCUACAACUUACAGUGGCCUCCAAAUGGUGGACGCCAACUUACGGCUGAGUACGUUGAUCCCGAGGAAGUUCAAUUACGUUCAGAGAAGCCAGCUCCUCCACCUCCAGCAGCUCCGGUAAGUUCUAUCCCUACAGUUGCUGAACCACCCCCAACAAUUCCACAACCUUCACCCCGCCAACUAAGUCUCAGACAGCAGAUGGCACAACAACCUACUCUGCCGCCGCCACCUCCUUUAACAAACCCACCGCAGGCUAGGGAAUGGGCUGUUCCACCACCGCCCCCACCAAUGGAAAAGGUAGAGGCUUCUAUUGUGACCUUGGAUGAUCUAUUUAGGAAAACCAAAGCAACACCUCGAAUCUACUACUUGCCUUUGUCUGAAGAGCAAGUGUCUGCUGUACUUGAAGCUCGGCGUAGAAACGCUAUGCAUUAGGAAUCUGGCUGGUAAGUGUCUGCUCCUGGUUUAGGAUGUAAAUGUUGACAAAGAAAUGAUGUAUUUGCAGCUUUCUUUGUCAAUACAAUAGUUAGUAUUAGGAAGAAACUUAUCCAGCUGAGGAGAUCCUGAUGGUCCGUGAUGGAUGAUGUUUGCUUAUUGUCUUGGGGGGUCUCCUGUAAGUUUUGUUUCGAGUUGAGAAAUUUCUGGAGUGAACCCCAUAUGAAUGAAUUUUCAUCCUUAGGGCUGGAUUGUGGCUUUGGCGUGUCUCCAUUUUUCUUUUAUCAAACUGAUUAUUCUGUUUUUUCUUGAAUUUUUUCUUUAGGACUAUCGAAUUAUAUGUUACUUGAGAUGUUUGUGGAUUUGAGAUUGGUAUAUAGUGUAUUGAUAUAAUCAAGCAAAAUAUCAGAUUUCUAUC